AGCCAAAAUCUUUGUAAGUAAUUCUGUCUAAUCAAUCUUUUCUAAUGUUGUCUUGAGAUCCCUGUCAUACGAUCGACCCUUUCUGUGAAUCACACAGAGAGACUGAGAGAGAGAAACAGCGAGAGAGAGAGAGAUUUCCCAAUGGCUGCUCCAUUCUUCUCUACAUCUUUACAACCUUUUGUAUAUCAGAGUCCUCAAGAUGCUGUAACAGCUUUCCAAAUUUUAGGUGGAGAAGCUCAGAUAGUUCAGAUCAUGUUGAAGCCGCAAGAGAAGGUUAUAGCAAAACCAGGUUCUAUGUGCUACAUGUCUGGGGAGACUGUAAUGGAGAAUGUUUUUGUCCCUGAAAAUGAAGCUGGUGUGUGGCAGUGGCUUUUUGGAAAGAGUUUGAGUAAUAUUGUUUUCCACAAUGCUGGCGCGACUGAUGGUUUUGUUGGAAUAGCUGCACCUUCCCUUGCAAAAAUUCUUCCGAUUGAUCUAGCAUUGUUUGGAGGUGAGAUGUUAUGCCAGCCAGAUGCAUUUCUGUGCUCCAUCAACGAUGUGAAAGUCAACAAUGCAGUUCAUCAAAGGGCACGUAAUGUUGUACCUGGUGUAGAGGGAUUCCUGACACAAAAAUUAUCUGGCCAAGGACUUGCAUUCAUAGUUGGUGGUGGAUCAGUUGUGCAGAAAAGUCUUGAGGUAGGCGAAGUCCUUUCGGUUGAUGUGUCCAGUAUAGUUGCUCUGUCAGGAACAGUGGAUGUGCAAGUCAAAUUUAAUGGUCCUAUGAGAAGGGUGGUGUUUGGGGGUGAGAAUGUAGUAACAGCUGUUCUAACAGGACCUGGUAUUGUUUUCAUGCAAAGCAUGCCUUUCCAUAGGCUGUCUCAACGCAUAGCUAGGGCGGUUGCAUCUCCAAACAUGAGAGACAACCCGAAGUUCUUCUUUCAGAUAGCCGUUUUCUUCUUACUAGCAUAUGUGGUCAUUCUGUCGUCCUUGAUCUUGACUGACAUAUGAUAUAGUUAGUGUCUUUUACUUGAAUUCUCAUAGAGUACGUGACGUCUCAGAAAGCCUUCUGUAAUUGAUAGCUAUCCCCCGCCCCCUCACUAUCCAAAGUUUACUUCUAGAAUGGUAUAAGAUUUGUUGAUUUGAUGUUAUUUGUGGAAAUAUAUACAGGCACAGGAAUAGUAAAAGCUGAUUUUAUGUGAUGUGUUUUUUAAA